AACAGACUGCUACAACACUGCUGUUAUACAUAAUCCAAGCUAUCUAGAUCGCCCAGCUGUUGCUGCGAAUUGUGUACGUCCUGCGGGGCAUGCCACAAGCGCAGCUACCAGAUGCCGCUGAGGCUCAGCGAGUUCUGGAUGCCUUAAGGGGCGUCAUCGAGAAUGUCGGGGAGGCGUAUGUAGAGCUAAGCGGCCAGACGGCGGCAGCACAGGUCGUGGUGGCGGACCUCCGACGCUGCGCAACCUUCCUGCAAACCAGGCUGGAGGGCGAGCCGCCCCCACCGCCCUGGCUACCGGCGUCUACGGCUCGCACGGGUGGCGGCAGCUCGGGUGCUGCUGCUGCUGCUGCGCCACCCAGCAACGCCUCAACUCCGACUGGCCGCCGGGCGCCUUUCAUCCAGGACAGCGCCUCCGCCCCCUCCAGCGCAGCUCCCAGCCCCUCCGCCCCGCCCGCAUCCUUCCGCAGCCCCUCACCAGCCCGCAACGACGACUAUUCCUUGCAGCAGCAGCAGCACCAGCAGUAUCCCUCCCGCGGCCCCAGCACACCCGUCCCCGGCCUCCCAGGUCCCGGCUCCACCUCAGCCC